AUGGCGUCUUCCAAAAAACCUUCAAUCUCGCUCGAAAGCGAUACUGCCAACUCAAUGGACCCGCCCAAUACCCCAUUUGUCACCCCCGCCAACAGCUGGGGCAUUCAAGCGGAUAGAUCUUCAGCACCUCCAAUGAGUUAUUUGGAGGCAGCCAGGCUCGGUGAAUGGGAUAUCUUGAUAGGGAUUCUUCUGGGGCAGGACAACAAAGCGAUUCGAAAGUUAUAUGCAACUGAAGCGCUCCCUGAAGUGUGCCGUGCUGGGAACGAGGGAUCUGUUGAGAUGCUCCUUAAACUACAUGCAGAUGUCAACGCUCCACCAGCAAAGUGCGGCAGGAACAUAGAAGAUAAGAUGACCGAGGUGUAUGAACAGGACGAAUGCGGGAAAGCCGCAGCGUGUAGGCGGAUAGCAUGUGGACGAACGGCGCUGCAAGCAGCAGCAGAAGGCGGCCAUACCCGGGUACUUUCGCUCCUGAUAGAGAGAGGCGCACAUAUAAAUGCACCCCCACAAGGCCAGUCAGGAAGAACAGCAUUACAGGCAGCGGCUGGGAAUGGGCAUACUAGGAUAGUUUCAGAGUUAUUGGAAAGAGGCGCCAAUGUGAACGACCCGCCAGCAAUUCAUCGUGGAAGAACAGCCUUACAGGCGGCUGCAGAGAGUGGAAAUGUGGAGGUGGUUUCUAUGAUUUUGAGGGCUGGCGGAAAAGUGAAUGCCUACCCGUCUAUUCUUCACGGAAGAACAGCAUUGCAAGCGGCGGCGGAUGGCGGGCAAUUAAAGAUUGUAUUAAUGCUACUGGAAGCCAAAGCCGAUGUUAACGCCCUACCAGCGAAGAACUCGUUUGGGCGAACUGCAUUACAGGCUGCAGCGGGAAAUGGGCACGCCGAGAUAGUCUCGGUGUUGUUGAAAUCAGGCGCCAAAGUCAACUCUCCAGCAGUUGGUUAUCAUGGAAGAACAGCAUUACAGGCAGCGGCCGAACGUGGACACUUGAAAGUAGUGUCGAUGUUGCUGAAGGUCGGUGCAAAUGUCAAUGAUCCCCCCUCGAGAUCAUACGGGAGAACAGCUUUACAAGCAGCAGCUGCAAACGGCAAUGUUGAAAUACUUCUUUUAUUGAAAAAAGCUGGUGCACUUCUGAACGCCCCCCCAUCGGAAAGCCACGGCAGAACAGUAAUACAGGCAGCGGCAGAAAAUGGUCACGCACAUAUCAUAUCAAUGACCUUAAACCCCACGAUUCCAUGGGCCAGAAUACCGGGUGGUGUGGAUAUCGUUAAUGCACCACCAUCGGAAUACGAUGGUAUGACAGCUUUGCAAGCUGCAGCUGGAAGGGGUCAUGAUGAAAUUGUUUCAGGUCUCUUGGAAGCUGGUGCUAAAGUUAAUGCCACCCCAUCAGAUAACUAUGGAAGAACUGCAUUACAGGCAGCUGCCGAAAAUGGGUACUCUAAAACAGUUUCGAUUUUGUUAAAAGCUGGUGCUGAAGUCAACUUCCCCCCAGCAAAAUUUCACGGACGAACCGCGUUGCAAGCUGCUACAGCAGGCGGAUAUGCUGAAAUAGCCAAACAGCUACUUUCUACAAUGUCAGGUCGGAACCUUUAUUCACAAGCGCUAUCUUUUGGAAAAAAGCCACUAUGGAUAGCAGCUAGGAAAGGCCACCACGAAGUAGUAGAGAUUUUGUUAAAGCACGGCUUUGAUUAUAAUGAGGAGGUGUCUGGCAAGGUGGCAAUCCGAGCGGCGGCAGAGGCUGGGCACGUAGAUGUUGUAGAGCUUAUCCUUAGCGCCGGUUUUGAUGUUAGAUCCAAAGACUCAGAAGGCGGUACUUGUUUGCAUUGGAACCUUCGCCAUCCUGACGUUGUACGAGUAUUAUUGAGACACGGUGCGGACGUCCACGCUCAAGACUUUGACGGGGACACCCCACUGCACUGUGCUGUGAGGUUUCAGAAUGCGGAAUCCCUAGUUUUGCUACUCGAAAAUGGGGCAAAUACCGAACCUCGAAACUAUGAGUACCAGACUCCAUUGGACUUGAUUCUUCAAGACUCGGGAAAUCCAUCUAUAAAAUUAGCAAGGCCGCUAUUCGAUAAGGGCUGCAGUAUCAAGGGUCGUACUCGGUGUUGCGAUAUCGAUUUUGUCACUGACUAUUCGCUCGAGCUGCCCAGUCGUGGCUCAAAAAUCAAGAGAAGAUUAUAUUCUGCUACUGAUACAAGUUCAACUGUUGGAGCUGGGCUGGGACCCAUCCAGACGGGUUCCCUCGUUGAUCGUUUCAAGUUUUUCCCAAGUGUCGAAAUGCUUGGAAUCAAGAGAAUGCCUGGGACAAAUUCCACGAUGAUAAAAUGGAGUUGGUCUUGGAUAUUUCCAAAUUCGGAGAGAAACCAGUCUGGAGUGAACCUGCCCGGCGUAGGGAAAUUAUUCUCUGCAGUCGAUAGACAAGUGAUUGUGACCUGCCACGUCUGCUUCGAGGUCUUGGUUCAUAUCCCAGAUUCUGAAAAUGAAAAGGCUUCCGGCCCAAAUGCCCUCAGAGUAGGGAAGUCAUUCCAGACAACAACCAGAGGAAGCGAGGUUUCCUGGACGAUGCUAAAGCCUGAAACUAUACCUGAUGCAGAUAGUCCUAUUGAAACAAAAACUAGCCCUAUAUUUCAGACAAUCGACUACCGGAGCACCAUUGAUAUUGGUUGGAUCCCUGACCAUGGGGUGGACUUCUUCAUCUUAUUUUUUAUUGAUUUGCACGAUAAGUGGAGACAUAUAUUUGAGCAGGCAGAGCUACAUCUAUCAAACAGUCGCAAAACCCUGCUGCUGAACAAGGGCAGAACCGAAGAUUUUAUCGAUAAUCUUUUGAUUGAUGCGCAGCAGUGGAGCAACUUUAGAGCUCUGUUGCAACUCCAUGUGCGGACUGCUAGAAAUCUAUUACAAGACUUUCGAGAGAAAAGGUUUCUAUGUGACGAAGUGAGGGAAUCCGAGCUGCUGAAAGUACAAAGAGGUGAAAUCGUGCCAGCAGAGAGCGGGUCCUCUGCGCCAUUGAGGAGUGGUGGCGCUGGUCCUAGGAAUGGCGUUACAAGUAAUCAGGCGAGAGCAAAUGAUGAAGAGAAGGUGUAUGCUCUGGACGAGUUAGCAAGAAUCAUCGAUAGGAUGGAGACUGAGGUAUCAGAGGAGAUUACAAAGCUUGAUCAAAAGACAAGUGAGCUGAUAGAACUUGAGUUCAAUCUAGUCUCUAUAUAUGAGGCCCGGACUUCAAAAUUAAUGGGUAUGAGUAUGAAACGUCUGAGCUGGAUUACGUUUAUCUUCCUCCCACUAAUGUUUGUCGCGUCACUAUUCGGGAUGAACAUAAACAUCCUCGAAAACAACCCAGAGUGGUGGUGGGCCUUUGUGAUUGGCGGCUCCCUCUUCGUCUUCGUCAUCUUCUGCUGGAUCCUAAUGAAGUUUAUUCCGGAACACUACUUCCAGCUCGACCAAUGGCUCGUCGACUUCGACCGCUCCACCGCCGCCAAAAAACUAUGGCUGCUGGCAAAGGCGCCAAGGAUCAACCUGCGGCGGAAGCCGGCGAGGGCCGAUCGCCGCCGGCCCAGUGUUGGUGCUGCGGACCUGGAGCUGGGGCGGUCGGUGUGGGAGAAGGGGGCGGUGUUUUCGUUUGAGCCGCCGCCGAGACAGUGGACGAGUAAGUUGAAGAGAUAUUGA